AUGGUACACAGGGAUUAUCAGCUCCGUUCACGGCGAAUAGCAGCAAUUGGUCCAUCACUGCCACCCCGACCUCCGCCUUCAUACACGCCGGCGCAACUUGCAAAGAAUCAGAUACUGGCAGGCAUGCCGAACACCUUUCCCAUCAGACGCACAAGGCGACACAAUCGAAGCAGAGGGCUGAAUCGAAGUGGGCAUGAAUGCUACAGACUAGCGGCGUUACAGUGCCUCCUCCAUCUCCCGAGAGCUUUGAGUUGGUUUCGAGAACACAAUGUAGUCCUCACAGAUACUGAUGCUAAUACUCGUGUCAAGAACCCUUGUCAUCUGAACCCAAGAAAUGUUGUUGCCGGAGUCAUAGGUGGAACGAAACAAAACUGUAUGGCCUGCAAUAUGAAGGGACUCAUCCGCCGUUACUGGGGAGAUUAUCAGAUGAACGGAGCAGAACCGCAGCCUCUUGACUCAAGCGAUGCGAGACUUCGUUUGAUAUACGAUUAUUCUACAGCAGACGAUCGGUUUGCACCUGAUGGACAAGGAGUCGAUCCACAGUGCGACGCCGAAGAAUGGAUGACCUACUUUCUAGAUAGAUGCCAAGAAGCUUGCAUUACUAGCGAAGCUCCAGACUGGAGGCCCGGUUACCGAGCACUCUUCCAGUUUGAGUUCGAAGAAGAACGCUUUUGCAGUGUUUGCGAUACGCCUAUACCACGGGUGUCCAGCGAUCCAACCUCUAGUUUCAAGCAACCCAGCAUAGGCUUCAUCAAUUGUCCAAUUGACCGCGCAAGCCCUGGUACAGUCGCAGACGCCAUCAAUGCCCAGCUGGUCGAACACCCCACUGGCGGAGCUGGCAUACGAAGGGAUUGCCCCAAGUGCGGUCCCGAUCAACUUUUGACGCGCCGCUUUCGUGUUGAGGCAGCACCAGAAUACAUGCUCGUCAAGUUCAACCCCGCGUACGACGAUACUCCGCCUCCCAAACCAGGCAGCAAAGUUCCGCCACCACCUGUUAUGCGCAAGAUCACCAACAAGGCUGAACUUCCUAGCAUCGACGAGAAGCUUGAUUUGACGCAUUGUCAGGUCAAUUCUAGUACAAAGUUAGAGUACAAGCUCGUAGCUGUGUUGCCGCACUCAGGUGAAGUUGGACAUGGCCAUUGGAUCGCGACUGUAAGAAACCAUCCAAGGUGGUAUAAUAUUAACGAUGGGAGUGUGAAUCAAGUGCCUUUGGACUUUGCCUUGUCGAACCCAGAGGUUGUUCCGACGGAUUGGAAUGGUACUGAGCAUGAGAAAGCGAAGAACGAUACUGAGUUUCAGGUGGUCGUUUUGAUGUAUGCGAGGGUACAUUAG